AUUAGGUUUGAAGUAUAUUUGGAUUGAUUGUCUCUGUAUCAUCCAAGAUAACCCCAUGAUUGGAAUACUCAAGCGGGCAAUAUGGCAAUUAUAUAUGCGGGUGCCUUUAUCACUAUGUCUGGGAUUGGUUGCGUUGAUGGCGAUGAGGGGCUUUUUAGAAAUUCGUCGAUCGCCGACAAUACAAAAUGAUCACCGAUACUUCACCAUGCCCAAUCUAUUUCGGACCCGAGCUGGACCACUCUUCGUGGCUUACACACGAGAACGGAAAUCGCAGGUUAGAUUUUGAUCCCCUCGUGUAUCCCCUCGCAAGUGGGGGAUGGGCGUAUCAAGAGCGCGCCCUUUCAAAAAGAAAUAUUCAUUUCACUCAACAAAAAAUUAUCUGGGAGUGUAUGGAAAAGUCACAAUGCGAAUGCGGCUUUUAUAUGAAACUAAAGGUCAAGAAUGACUUUCUCGACCUACCAUGGGAGGAGGAGAUUAUCACGACUUAUUCUCGAAUGAAUCUCUCGGAGCCUGCUGACCGUCUUCCCGCCAUAGCUGGCAUAGCAAAAGCCUAUGCAAAACGCCACACCCUCACAUAUCUGGCUGGACUUUGGAAGGAGACGAUCGCACACAAUCUACUAUGGCAGAACUCGGAGAGAAACCCAGGACCCCGAAUUCGUCCACUCGUUGCACCUACAUGGUCCUGGGCCUCAUCCCGGGGACGGACCUCUCCGUUGCACUUUUCAUCAGACACGAUGCAUAUACAAGUGAUAAGCUAUAAGUAUGAGCCUGUCGCAGGAGGAGAUAGAUAUAGCCGACUUAUCACAGCGCGUUUGCACAUAGCAGGAACCGUGGCCUUCGGGGCCAUCACCAAUUGCCGGGAUGGCGUGGUCCAAAUGAAGUUCGAGGACAAAACAGUCUGCGUAGGCAUGGACUACGAUAUUUCGGCCGCCGGCGAAGACUAUAUUGAAUUCGGAACCGUCCUACCUUUCCUACUCUUGUGCGAUGAUAGUGGUCGUGCAGUUGGUGCCGUACUCAGAUGUAGAAACAAGGAAAGAAAGGAAUACGAGAGAAUUGGUGUGUCAAGUCAUGUAAAGUUCGAUCCGUUCGAAUUUACGACAUUUCAUUGGGUAUUACGACAAGCGACAACGAUGGAAUUGAUAUUGAUUUGAUCAAAAUUACCAACGCACACACCCCCUUUAACACUAAAGAAACGAGCCUUCAGGGAUUGACCGUCAGCUUAUAACGCCCGCUAAAGUGGUAUUUACUUGAUACGACGUCGUUCUCUCGGUUCAAAUCGCCCUUCUCUCCUCUCUCUACCGCCUUGAACAACUGCAUGUCCCGGCAAUCCCGUUUCUUAAACGUGUAGUGGGAAUAGCUAUAUCGUUCCGCGAUAUGUCUGUCUCUCUCUCUUUCUUCUAGCGCGUGUGCAGGGGAUAAUAGCUACGGGAUGAGAACGGGUACGAGAACGAGAAUACGACGAGUACUUCGAAGAACACACCCAUAGCCGCGAAACUCGUGGGGUUCGUCGAUAGCGAGGCGGUAGUGGUUAGACUGAGUAGUGCGAAGGCCUUGCUUUUGAGAUCGCGUUAUGGCCCAGUGUUUGCUAAUACGAUGGUUUUGGAACACAUGGCUAGGAGAGUUGUCACUUGGUGAGUUUCAUACCUACGGUAGAUUUGGAAUCGAUAG